AUGGCUCCUUACUUCAACGGAAUUCGAGAUUACACUUGCGAGGACUUCCUGAUCAACGUCCCGGACAACCAGGCGGGCCUUGAUAAAGCCGCUCCAUAUACACUAUCAAAGGUUCGCUGCCAGUGGAAGUUUUCCGACCAGCCGCAAAAAGGCGAUGCAGCCUGCUACUUCCGCAGCCUCGAUCUGAUACUGAGCGUCCUGUCCAUCUCGACCCAAAACGGGGCACAAGAACAUCUUCCUGUAGCAAAUGGCACCGUCCUCGAGACCAUCGUUGGCCGCAUUCAUACAGAUUAUGGUAAAGAAAGUGCGAUGAAAGUAGUCCUCGCUACGGCCGAUGGAUAUCCCUGCCGGAGCGAUAUCCUGGACGUGCGGAUGCGGCACUCCACGUUCGUCGACACCGUCAUCUCCUUCGGCAGCUGGGAUAGGCGUCUCCUGGCGUUCUCCAGAUGCGACAAGUUCUCUUUGCUCCCACUGCUGUCUUCUUCACCAGGCGUGAUCGUUGCGAAGCAUACUCCGACAACCAGUCUCACAAGCUGGGCGCUACUCCGCAGAGAUCUCGAGAUGCGCCUAUCGUUCAACUGGACUCUCCCUAGGAAGCCACCCGCUUACAAGGUGGCCCUUGUUGCCGCCCGGCAUAGAUACGAGGGGGGAUCAUACCACGCGCAAGGAUUUUUCGAGGCCGCCCAAGGCCUGGGGUUUGCCAUUACGGUGAUCGACAAACCCGGCCAUUGGCUUGAGGGCGACACAUAUGCACACCUGCGCGACGACUUUGUGCCGCUCGAUCUAUCCACAGACGCCGACCUACCGCACCGCAUCGCCGACGCCAUCAGGAACAAAGCCCUGGAUGGUCUUGUCACAUUCACCGACCAAUACGUCGUGGCCGUAGGCCAGGCAGCAGAAAUGCUCGGCCUGCCCAGCGAGCCCAUGCGCCGCGUCAUCAACGACCCCAACAUCCAGACCCUAGCCCUGCAGAGCUCAGACCAGCUCGACGACCCAGCCACAUCCAGGGCCCUCGCAGACCUGCACUACCCGCUCAUCGUCAAGCCCAUCUCCGGCUGCUCCUCCGAAGGCGUCAAGAAAGUCACCGAUGAGACUGACAUGCGCGAAGCAGUUCGCAUGGCCUACGCCGAGGGGCUCGCUGGGGCGGGAGUCAUCGUCGAGACCUUCGUCGAAGGCCCCGAGCUUGACUGCAACUUCGUGCUCUGUGACGGCGAUGUCUGGUUCCUGGAAUUGACGGACGAUCUGCCUUCUACGGGCGACGCAACCAACGCGACACUGGCGGAUAACUUUGCGGAAACCGCCAUGGUCUCACCCAGUGGACUUCCUGCCGCGGAGCUCAAAGUUCUUCGCGACUCGUUGCAUAGUAAUCUGCGCAAACUAGGCCUCUGGUGGGGUAUGUUCCAUGUCGAGGCGCGUGUUCGCAAUUCCUCGAUGGGCUAUGCCGACGUCCGCGGCGAUGGAUUAUUAGACCUAGUCCCAGUACAGCGUACAGGAACCCACCGGGAGCCAGACGCGAUGGUGAUCGAGAUCAACGCGCGCACACCAGGCGGCGGGGACACGUUCCGAACAAUGUACGCGUACGGGGUCGACUUCUACGCGUUGCAUAUGCUACGGGCCGUCGAGGAUCGCGAACGCUUCAAUGCCCUAUCAAAGCCGUUUACGUAUCCUGAUAGUGCGGGCGGCGGUGGCGGGGCGCAGUAUUGGGUCGCCGAAUGUAUGGUUCCGGCGCAUCGCGAGAAUGUCCGCAUGCCAGAGGGCUUCUUGGAUCGGCUGUAUGACCGUGUGCCGGGGGUGGUGCCGUACGUGACUAAGGCGGAGGUGCAGGUGACGCCAGGCACCGUUGUGUCGACGAGGGGUGGUGUUGGGCUUAUUGCUUACUUCUUGUUGUAUUCGAGGACGAGCAGGAGACACCUCCUAGAGAUGUGUCAUAGUAUGACUGAAGCGGCUGCGGACAUCCUGGAUGGAUAG